AUGCCACAGGAAAUAAAGCGCGAGCGUAAAAGUACACAGUCAAUGAUGCGCCCGAAAUCUAUUCACUGGAAUGAAGCACCCUUAUCUCCCUGCCCUAUUCCGGACAUUAGCGACGAUGAGCUGGUAUCGAUAACGGUGCGGGAUCUCAACCGUACGCUUAAGAUGCGUGGCUUAACCCGGGAGGAAAUUGUUCGCAUGAAGCAACGGCGUCGUACGCUGAAAAACCGAGGAUACGCUGCCAGCUGCCGCAUCAAGCGCAUCGAGCAGAAGGAUGAGCUGGAGACGGAAAAAUCACAGGAGUGGCGUGAUAUGGAGCUGAUGCACGAAGAAACGGGCCGGCUGCAGGAAGAGGUAGAUUCGCUGCGGAACAAAUAUGAGGCGUUGCGGAAAUUUGCUCUGUCGAAAAAGAUUCCCCUUCCACCGGAACUGGACGUACUGUAAAACAAG